UAGUUAUGCAAUUCAUCACGAAGCCUGGCCUCUGGCAAAUCACUUCGAAUUGCCUUCGUUAGCCACGUUUUCCCUGUUUUUAAAACGCCCUUCACGUUGCCCUUUGCAAUGAGUAGCCAGCGACAAAAUUGUUCUGCAAACAUCUCUGCCACUAAGACAUGGUCGUAGUUCCCGAGAAGCAGGUACAAACUUUCACCUACGGCCUUGACCCAAAACUUUAUAUCAUUUUCGGCUGGGAAAAAAAAAAAAAAAACUGUUUAGGGACGCUUCCUCUUAGCCGA